AUGAAGAUUAUCUACGAGAUCCUCCAGGUGCGAAAAAUGGAGGAGUGCUUGAGCGCGGGGAUCGGGCAUCUCUCAGACGCCAAAAUAGACGUUUACGUCCAGAAUUUGGGCCCCAGCCACAAGAGUGACGGUGACGAGGAUGGCGAGUCUGCUGGGGUACCGGCAAUCAUCGAAGUUCUUGAGCGCGUCGAAGAUGAGAGACUCAACUUUGAAGGCGGCCACGACCGCGCAUUCAACGCUACGCCCCCACAUCACGCAGACUCAAUCUCGCAACCAGUGCUCAGGACACCCGUCACCACAGAGAUAAGUAAUUCCCACGAUGUCUCGGUCUUCGACUACGCCAGCCAUAACCCUAGCCUAACGGCCACACCGGACCAAAAACGCACCACAGUAGGCCACUACGACGCCUGGUCAACGCCCACCUCUGGGCAGAACAUCUUCAGCCCGGUCGACCACAGCGCUCCACCCAGCGGUCAGGGCCUCCUCCCACCGUCAAUGUUCCCCACAUGCCCAUGA